CAUCCAAUCCAAUCCAAUCUAAGUUCUAAGAUGUUGCUGCAGGCAGUGCGAAGUUCUGUAAACUUUAUAAAAGUGUUUCCAAGUUGUAUGUGCCAUUUAGAUAGGGCCAAUUUAUCGAAUGUAAGGUUAAGGAUCUCCAGCUCUAACUACAGCACGCAUUCCGGGCCAAAAGGAGUGUCGUUGUCGUACGCAUCCUACGAAUCGACGAGCACCGAGUGUUCAAGAGCACCUGUUGUCAUAUUGCACGGUCUUUUCGGUAGCAAGAACAACUGGAAGAGCAUAUCGAAAUCCAUGGUUAGGACAACUGGACGCAAGGUGUACGCCCUGGACACGAGGAACCACGGCGACAGCCCCCACACAGAGGACAUGGACUACCUGCUGAUGGCCACGGACCUGGAGCUCUUCUGCAAGGAAAGGGGCCUGCAGGAGGCGGCCAUCCUGGGACACAGCAUGGGAGGCAGGGUGGCCAUGACCUUUGCGCUGACGCGACCCUCCAUGGUGGAGCGCCUGGUGGUGGUGGACGUGGCACCGACCUUCAUGCCCACCACCGUCGACGGUGAGGUGCUCACCUACCUCAGGGCCAUGAGGGAAACGCUGAAGCACAUCUCCCCCGAGAUGAGCUCUCCAGCCGCACGCAAGGAAGCCGAGAGACACCUGGGUAGCGUCGUCCAGGAGUAUGGCGUACUGCAAUUUCUCCUGACCAACCUUCGCAAGGGGGAGCACAGUUACGAGUGGCAGUUCAACGCCGAGACGCUGGAGUCGUGCAUGCGCAACAUCACCCAGAUGCCGGAGCUGAAGGGUCUGACCUACGAUGGUAGGGUACUCUUCAUCUGCGGACGCAACUCGAUCUUCGUCAGCAUCUCCAACAUGCAUGCAGCAGUGGAGUCGCAACAAGCAAUGCAGCAAGGAAGAGCAUCACGGUCCAAUCAGGGAACGGUUUCCGAAAGCCGACAUCGUGUACGUGGAAAACGCAGGCCAUUGGGUCCAAGCCGACAAACCCGCAGAAUUUCUAGAGCUGGUCACCAACUUCUUGAAAGAUGAUGACACAUGAGAGUCGCUCGUGUUUGCUGCUGCAUAAUGUCUUCGUCAAUAGGUUUGUUGGUAUAGUUCAUCUGUCGGGCUCGAAGCUCCUUGGAUGUUAACCGUUCAAGAAAAAUGUUUUACUUUUUAA